UUCGUGCAGGGGGCAACUCAAGUCCCCCUGCCUUCGUGCAGGGGGCAACUCAAGUCCCCCUGCCUUCGUGCAGGGGGCACAAAUUUUGAUGGGCCUAAACUUUGCUUGUCAUUUGCCGGACUUCAUCCCACAACUACAUACAACGACGUGGAUUUGAAAAGGUUGAUUUCCGUCAGUUCCUGCUAAAGAUCUACAGGCUCGCAAUCGCUGAAGGAACGAAGAUGACGAAAUCGGCAAUGAAAUUCGACAUUAGCUGAUUAAUUAUACUGAUUUAGAAAUUUCCAUGUGCAUAAAAAAGCAAAUUAAUUUUUUGGGUUUUUUUUACAAUUUAGGAAAACUAAAUCUAUCGUUUUUGUCAUCUAAUCUCUCAAACACGUUUUACCUCAAUAUAAUGAUGGGUGGUCUUUUUUAUUUUUUAUCUUGGUGGUCUUUUCAAUUCAAAAUUAAUUUAUUAUCCUCCAUUUUCCGAAAAAUAUCCAUGUGUUCAGUAAAAUACUCCUCAAACCCUUCCCAUUUUUAUCGUCUGAAAAUUACCAGACCCAACAUUUCUUGCUUAAUUAAUCCUUAACUAAUGUCUGAUGAUCUUUAUACGUAAAAUUAUCAAAAUGUUUUUGCUUCUCUCAUCAUUUGUUGCAUUAGUAUGGCAUCUAAUAAUUAUAGGUAUCGCUUGAUUAUCACCUGGAUUUUCCAAUAGAAAUCACCAAUCAUUUAGGAAUUGAUCACCCUUCAAAUCCUAAUGAUAGUCCUGACUAUAGGCAUGAUGAUUUAAACCAAAUGCAAACUAUGGAGAGAAGUUCUGUGGAAAUAACGAAUAAAAUUUUAACAUCAACCUUAGCCCCACACCCAGUAAUCCUCAAAAAUAAUAAAACUUUGCCUAAAUUUUUCCCCAAAAUAACUGAAAAUACAAAGUUUUUGCUAAUGCAAAUUCCUCAUCAUUGGAAUGGGCAAUGUGGAGGAUUGGCUAAUCAGAUGUGGAGAUUUGCAGUGCUUUACAACAUGGCCAAGUCUGUUGGACGCUUCCCAGGCAUUUAUAAUACAAGUACUUGGACUUGUGACAAGUUGAAUAGUCCUAAUGAGAUUGAGAAUACCUUCCCGAUUUUAUAUUCCUCUUUUCGAUAUAUGGUAAUUUAG